AUGACGCCUCUGUUCUCGCAGCGGCAGCUGAGCUGCAGCAUCGAGACGGUGUGGGGCCCGCGCUUCGCAGCAGCAGCAUCAGCAGCAGCAGCAGCAGCAGCAGCAGGCGCGCCCUGCUGGCGGCUGCACCUGCAUGCAGGCCUCUGCGGCCUCGUGCUGGGGGGCCAGGGCUUUCUAAGAGUUGUUGAGGGAGAAAGGGAGCAGCAAGUGCUGCUGCAGCAAGGCUCUGUCUUCAGCAUUCCCCCUCUUGUCCCUCACCUUUUUGCUGCUGCUGCUGCCACUCCCCUCGUGCUCUUCGUCGCCUACGCGCCCCCCCUCGGCCUCAACGCAGCAGCAGCAGCCAGCAGCAGCAGCAGCAGCAGCAGCAGCAGCGGCAGCGGGGGCGGCGCGGCGGCC